CAACCAACCCAACUAUACCCCAACGGGUGGUUUUCUAUACCUCUCUGUCUCUAUAUUUAUUUGAGAAACCCAUAUAUACACAAUCCAACCCAAGCAUCAGUCAUUCGGAAAUUCGGGCCAAAAAAUAAAGGAAAGAAACUUGAAAUGGCGGGAGCAGCUUCGGCAUCUUGUAUCUUCUGCCAGAUCGCCAGCAAAUCCAGACCCACUACCAUCCUCCACAGCGAUGAGAAGGUCGUUGCGUUUGAAGACAUCAGCCCAGCGGCUGUCAGGCAUUACUUGGUGAUUCCUGUGGAGCACAUUCCAAAUGUAAAGGACCUCCAGAGAAGAACUGAAGACUUCUCCUUAGUAACUCACAUGUUAGAGGUUGGGCAAACGCUAUUACGUCGAGAUGCGCCUCAGUGUACACAGUACAGAUUUGGCUUUCAUCAGCCUCCAUUGAACUCUAUUAACCAUCUACACCUUCACUGUCUGGCGCUACCUUACACACCCAGGUGGAAAUGUGUGAAAUUCUUAUCUUUGGGAUCAAUAGGGUUUCUUGAGGCCGAGAAGUUGUUGGAGAAACUAAAGCCUUUACCACCUGUUAUUUCAAAAGUUUGAUAUCGCUCACAUUUAGUUGACAUCGUGCAUAUUAAAGUUUGGGUUUUGCCAAUAAGCUUGGGUAUACAUUCCAAUGUAAGAUUUUGUCUUGUUGAAAUGUUGUGUUAAGUUGAAUUUUGUGAGGUGCUGUUGUACCCUAAUAGUAUGUAAUUCAUGCUGCUUAAUGCCUAUGAACAUAAUCAAUUCCCUAUGGAUAUCUCUAUUUGAUUGGUACUUGUUGUACAAACUAUAAAGUUGUAUGAACAUCAGAAAUGCUAAAUAUCCCCUUGCCAGGGAACGCUUUAUGAGUUUUAUAUUA